AAAUCACCGUUGCUUGACGGGAAAUAGUUGUUUACAGUGGUAACAGGAAGCGGGUACACGUUUUUACAGUUUUACCUGAAUUUAACACCUUGAUCAAGUAUUUGUAUCGGUUUAUGUGAACUAAUUAAUUGCCAAAGAAGCAAGAACCUUCAGAUAUGAGCUGAUUCGCUUUAAAAUGGAAAAAUAACACUGACAAAAAUCAAAUUAUUGCAAAGAACUGGUUGAAACUCGUACACACGGACUCAAUCACUAAGUGCCCUACUAUAUAACAAAAUUGAAUUAGUACUAUAAACCUUAAGAUGGGAUUUUUCGACAAACUCGCUAAAUGGCUUGGUUUGAAAAAGAAAGAUGCAAAUGUUAUUGUCGUUGGACUUGACAACAGUGGUAAAACAACGAUCAUUAAUCAUCUUAAACCGAAGGAAACAAAAUCUCAUGACAUUGUGCCAACCAUUGGUUUUACAGUUGAAAAAUUUACAAGUAGCGCUUUGUCAAUUACAGCAUUCGAUAUGUCAGGCCAAGGUAGAUACAGAAAUCUAUGGGAGCAUUACUACACAGAAUGUCAAGGCAUCAUAUUUGUGAUAGACAGUAGUGACAAGCUUAGAAUGGUUGUAGCAAAAGAAGAAUUGGAUCAACUUCUAAAUCACCCCAAAAUAACAAAUAGAAGAAUUCCAGUUCUUUUCUUUGCCAAUAAGAUGGAUGUACGUGAAGCAAUUUCAAGUGUUAAAGUUUCUAGUUUGCUUCAGUUAGAACAAAUAGAAAACAUGAAGAACAAACCAUGGCAUAUAUGUGCAAGUAAUGCUUUAACAGGGGAAGGUCUAAUGGAAGGCGUAGAAUGGAUAAGUGACCAACUUCGGGAUAUUAUAGAUGGAGGCAAAUAAUAAACGCUUAGCUUGUUGAUCAUGUUGAUAGGAAUGAUAGCUGUUAUUUAAACAAUUUGAGAUGUGUAUAUAUGUACAUUUGGUACAUGUUUCAAGUAAAAAAAAUUAAUAAAUUAAUGUAAAAUAUAAGUUUUUAUUAU